CAUAUAUAAAUCUGGCCAAUGCCAGUUGCGAUACCGCUGUGAAAGGGGGGAAUAAACAUUCCGUUAUCAAAAAAGUAAGAGAUAAGCCCCAAUCAUGGACCGCAUUGGAAAGAUUGUCUUUUACGAAGACAAAAACUUCCAGGGUCGCUUCUUUGAAUGCAGUAGCGACUGCCCUGAGCUGAGCUCCCAUUUCAGCCGCUGCAACUCCAUCCGCGUGGAGAGUGGAAACUGGGUGCUGUACGAGAGGCCCAACUACCUGGGCUCCCAGUACGUCCUGACCAGGGGAGAGUACCCUGACUACCAGCGCUGGAUGGGCUACAAUGACAGCAUCAGGUCCUGCCGCAUGAUCCGCAAUACCUCUGCAUUGUUCAGGAUCCGCCUCUACGAGCGUCCAGACUUUGGUGGUCAGAUGAUGGAGUUCAAUGAGGACCACCCUAACCUACCGGAGCGCUGGCGUCACCACGAGGUGCACUCCUGCAAUGUGAUGGACGGAGCCUGGGUGUUUUACGAGCACCCCAACUUCCGCGGCCACCAGUACCUGCUGGAGAGGGGCGAGUACCGCCGCUAUACAGAGUGGAACGCCAUGCACCCCAACGUGGGGUCCAUCCGCCGGGUUCAGGACUUUUAGAGAUGCCUCACUACAUGCCUGUUUAUAAUCAUAACUGUUAUUUGCACAUUUAUUAAUAAAAUUAAAAAGAUUGUGCUCAAAUGA